GUUUAAAAUAUGAUUAAAAGAAAUAAAAGAAAAAAAAGUCAAAUUAUUGCCACCAAAUUACCCAGUGGCGACAAAUUCCUUUUUCUCAUAAACUCCACACCAUCAGAACCUUAUAAUAAGAGAAAAAUCUAAGCAUCUUAUGGUUGCAUCUAAUAAUCAAACACAUUAUUUCAAAAAAAACUUAAUUUUGAAAUAUCCAUUCAUGACUUUCUUCAAAUGGCUCAACUUGUUCAUCAUUUUUAGUUCCAUUUUAUUUGCAACACCCAUUUUCUCAGAUUCCACCUCAUCCUUUACUUCAAAUGCAAUCCCUAAGUUUCUUGAUUUAGCCAAAGAGCCUAAAGUUUUUGAUUGGAUGGUUGAUAUCAGAAGAAAGAUUCAUGAGAAUCCUGAAUUGGGUUAUGAGGAAUUUGAAACAAGUGAGCUUAUAAGAACAAAAUUGGAUCAAUUGGGUAUCUCAUAUAAACAUCCAGUUGCAGUUACAGGUGUUAUUGGUUACAUAGGAACUGGUCUUCCUCCUUUUGUUGCUCUUAGAGCUGACAUGGAUGCUCUUCCUAUGCAGGAAUUGUUGGAGUGGGAGCAUAAGAGUAAAGUACCUGGAAAGAUGCAUGCAUGUGGUCAUGAUGCUCAUGUUGCUAUGCUUCUUGGUGCUGCUAAGAUCCUCAAGGAGCAUGAAAAAGAUUUACAAGGAACUGUCGUUCUUGUUUUUCAACCAGCAGAAGAAGGAGGUUGUGGGGCUAAGAAAAUUUUAGAUGCUGGAGUCUUAGAAAACGUCUCUGCCAUAUUUGGAUUGCAUGUCCUACAUAACAUACCUUUAGGUGAAGUGGCAUCUAGGUCUGGUCCUAUAUUUGCAGGAAAUGGCUUCUUUGAAGCAACAAUAAGCGGCAGGGGAGGUCAUGCAGCCCUUCCUCAACAUUCUAUAGACCCCAUAUUGGCAGUUUCCAAUGUGAUUGUUAGCUUACAACAAAUUAUUUCUCGUGAGAUUGAUCCACUCGACUCCCAGGUUGUGACAGUAGCAAAGAUUAGAGGAGGUGGUGCAUUCAAUGUUAUUCCAGACUCUGUCACAAUUGGUGGCACUUUUCGAGCUUUUUCGAAGGAAAGCUUCAUGCAACUGAGACAUCGCAUUGAACAGGUUAUCACUGGACAAGCUGCUGUGCAGAGAUGCAAUGCAACAGUCAACUUCUUUGAUGAAGAGAAGCCUAUAUUCCCUCCAACUGUAAACGAUGGUGGUUUGCAUGACUAUUUUCAAACUGUCGCCAAGAGUUUGCUCGGCGCUGAUAAAGUUAAAGGCAUGCAACCAAUGAUGGGAGGAGAAGACUUUGCAUUCUAUCAAGAAGCUUUGCCUGGAUACAUCUUCCUCCUUGGAAUGGAAGAGGUCUCAGUUGAACGUCUUCCAUCGGGACACUCGCCCUAUUUUAAAGUAAAUGAAGAUGCACUUCCUUAUGGUGCUGCACUUCACGCGUCGUUAGCUUCUAGGUAUCUUGUUAAACUUCAUCAGGAGGUACCGGUAGUAGAGGGGAAAUAUCAUGAUGAAUUAUAGCAAACAUUAUUAUUAAUAUUAUUCAAAAAGGCGAUAUCAUUGGUGCAACCAAGACGUAGUUGGGCAUUCGGGUUGGACAUAUUUAUUGUAGAUAAAUUUGCCAUUUAAACUAUAAUAAUUCCACAGCCCUUUGUGUUAGAA